AUCACCGAGGUCUGGAGUGUCGCCGAAACCUCUCACAUCCGCUGACAAAUAAUUCCAUGACGCCACUGUGCGUGUCGCUUCUGUGAUAGGCCUGUCGUCCCCUUGAUAGGCCUGUCUCGUGGCCGGACUGUGGAGCAGAGGAGGGACUCGAGACAUGAAGAGAUUCUGGCUGGAGGACGCGUGGCAUUGGUCAAGCACUGCCAGAAUGACCCUCCGCAGAGUGCCAGGGGGAGUCUGCUUGUACUACUUGUUCAUCAUUAUUUUUGUACAUUUCGUGCCUUCUUCGUCUAUUGUAGGAGAGACUUGUGGCAUCCAUAAGCCUUCACCAUGUUCAACUAAUGAAAUAUGUGUGCAAGUGAAUGAGACUUCAGCAAUAUGUGAGUGUUUGCCACAUUUUGAGGUUAAUGAAGCAACAGGCAAAUGUGAAUACCCCAAGCCUCCACCAGAGCCACCAGGGAACCACUUGGGCUUGGCACUGGGUCUGGGUAUCACGGUUUUCCUCUUGCUGGUGAUUCUCAUCCUGAUUGUGCUGCAUCGCAAAUUUGGUCUAUUUUCUGGUAUGUGUGACCGUUUUCCUUCCCUCCGCCACCUCACUAUUAGAAGUGGAGACAUUAUUAUGGUGGACAAUGAUGAUGAGCCAGAUAUUAAUCCCAUAGCCUGAUGAUGUUAAGCAUUGAGGAUGUGGCAGAUGUUUAUCUCAUAGCCUGAGGAAUAUUUUAUUCCAUAAUCAGUGAUGUGUUUGGGAAAAAUGGUUAUCUCAGUUUUAAGAGCUGUUCCUCACAUUGUGAUGAGAGAUACUUGCUGAUAUCAGUUAUGAAAGUAUUAAGUGAAACACUACUGAUUUUACUUUUAAGAUGCAAAGUAUGUUUUAUGUAAUUGUUUUAUAGGAACAAGGUGCACUUCUUGGUUGUGUUUUUAGAGUGAAUCACAGAGAGGCUGAUAGAGUUGUAGGUUUUGUUGCAUAGGGUAAUUUUUCAAUAAUUGUAUUUAAUUGUAUUUUUACUAGUUUCAGCAUGUGAUAUUUAUUGAUAUAGAUCCAUGCCAUAGAGCAAGUUGACUGGUAUUAGCUUUAACAUUAUGGGGAAUACCCAUCAUGAAUUGGAUAUGCUAUAUGAAACUUUACUGAAAAUUAUAUAUUGUCUGUAAUUCCUUGUGGGAAGUCUACCAUAAUGAGAUGCUUGCUUUUAUUGGUGAAGCAAAUGAAGGACAAGUAUUAUAUUGUAAUUACUGAAUGAAGUCAAGAAGUCAGGCAAGUCUGUCAUUCUUCAUUAAGGUAAUUAGCACAAAAGUGUCAUUUCUGUCAGACCACUUCUCCAGGAUCUGAACUCAAACCACCCAUCCGUCAGCCUGUGGAUACUCUGUAUCUUGUCCAUCUGGCACACAGGAAAGUUUGUUCUAUCUCAAGUGUUUCCUAUCUUAAGAUCAUCAUCAUUAUGUCUUGUAUCAUUCUGGUCUGGUGUUGCUGUCUAUUGAAGAUACAUCUGUGUUGAUUUCCUGUAGCUGAUUAGAAUGUAUCCCUCAAAAGCGGAUAAAAAUGCCUGGAAGCAAAGAUAUACAUGUGAUGCCUGACACUGUUUACAGAUCACUCUUUGUCUUAAUGAUUUUGCAGGCAGUAGCAUUGUUGUUUGGGUGGGCUGUCACAUUGCCAUCUUUAUAUGCUUUCAUACAUAAGCAAUAGCAAGAAAAUGACUUAAGAUGAACAAAUGAAGUAAGUGGUUUUAAUGAGCUGCCUGAUUUCAUUGCAGAAGUGUACAGUGCAUGAAUGAAAUACCAAAUAAUGAAUAUCUCAGACUUUCUUAAAGUUGUUUCAAGGACUUGGAAUAAAAAAGAAUAUACACAUCUGAUCCAUGGAUAUAUAUUCUUAGCUUAUCACUUUGUUUAACCCUCACCCCAACUGAUCAGGAUAAAUUCCCCAGUGCUCCCAUGGAUGUGUAAACAUAACUUGUACUUUUGAACAAGAAUACUUUGGGUAGUCAUCCAUUGCUCUUGCAAUGGAUGAAAUUAAAUUUCUGAACAAAUAAUCUUUAAUCAUUCUUAAAAUAUAUGUAUAUGCUUGACUCAAACAUGGAAGAAUGAUUGAGCAUUAUGGUAAUAUUUAUUAUUGUGCAUUACACAGUUGACUACUAAAUACAAACAGACUGCUGUGUAUAUGCAGUUGGAAAGAGAAAUUGAAACUUUAACAGGAAUGCAAGAAACGUGAAGAAUCAAAAGAGCUGCCAGUCAUCUUUUAUUUCCAUUCCUUUAAAACAUUUGGUUGCACAUAUUCUGCAGUAAAGGACCAGCCUCCCAAUUUGCUCUCAAAACACACACACACACACACACACACACACACACACACACACACACACACACACACACACACACACACACACACACACACACACACACACACACACACACACACACACACACACACACACACACACACACACACACACACACACACACAGUAAAUGAUACAAAUGUAAUGUUUGGAGCAUAUUUAACUUUAUGAUAUUCUCAUAUAUAUAUAUAUAUAUAUAUAUAUAUAUAUAUAUAUAUAUAUAUAUAUAUAUAUAUAUAUAUAUAUAUAUAUAUAUAUAUAUAUAUAUAUAUUGUUUAACAGUGUAACAUCGUCCAAUUAUUUUCUGACUUAAGCUAUGGGCAAUUUAAUUAUUGUUAUUACUGCUAACACACACACACACACACACACACAGACACACGCACACACACACACACACCAUAGUUAUUAUUGAGGUCCAAAUAUUAUUUAACCUCAGCCCUCCCCUGCUGUGGGAAUAUCUGCCUGGUAUAUUAUUAUUAUUAUUAUUAUUAUUAUUAUUAUUAUUAUUAUUAUUAUUAUUAUUAUUAUUAUUAAUUUAUUUGUUUAUUAAUAUUAAUAUUAUUAUUAUUAUUAUUAUUAUUAUUAUUAUUAUUAUUAUUAUUAUUAUUAUUAUUAUUAUUAUUAUUAAAAAUUUUGAUUUAUGCAUAUUUAUGCAUGUAUAUGAUGGUGCCACAUUCAUUUCCUAGAGAAAUAUAGGUAUUUUUGCCACUGAAUCAAAUUUUACCAUAUUUUACCUGAACUAAUAUUUAUUUUAUUUUAUUUUUUAUUUAUUUAUUUUUUUCAAUGUAUCUGCAGUUGUGCUGUGUACUAUUUCAAUGAGUAAUGAUGUUUUUAACCUCUGAGCACUUGAUUUUUCUUCCUAUGAAAAGAAGUAUCUCUGAUUUCUGCACUCUCAAGAAAUGCCUUUCAUAGGGUGAGUGUUUGAUGUGAUUUUAUGUAUUUAUCUAUGUAAUUAGUGUAUCAAUUUUGAAAAGUUUGGUGAACUGUGAUAAUUUUAUACAGAUAUAUACUGUAGUAGUGCUGCUUUGCAGUUUUUCUUUCAUUGUUGGUAUUUCUCACUUAUGCUGCUUAAGCUUGUGCCUCUGUUAUACAUUGGACAAAGGCAGACAAAACACUUGUUUGAGCUAGUCCUUGGCAGGAGCAAGAUAAGAAUCUAAGGGAGCAAAUGGUUUAAUGGAAUAGUUUACUAAUCAAAUGUAAGUAGCCAAGGAGAAUGAUCAUUCACACACUGCUGGAAAGUAAAGUACCAUGUGUGGUAAGUAUAGAUUAUUGCUAACCAUUAGAAGAAUGAAUUUGUAUCAGUCACUGAGCUAAAUGGAUCAAGUAACCAGUCCUUUCUCUGCAUGAGCUUCUGUCACGAGCACCAGUAAUUCAGGCUCCACCAAUUUGUGGUAAAAAAUGAAAAAGGAAAAAAAAAAACUUGGUAGAUCUCACUGUGGUCUCAGUAUAUGCAAGAAUUAUAUAAUAUGAAGAAAGGUAGGCCCAAUGAGAAGUCUCAUAUUUUGAAUAAUUAAUCAAAUGUUACAUUUAAUUUCAUGAGUCCCUUUUCUUUCUUAAAAUCCAAGAUCUUAAUUACUUAACUCUUUCAUGAUAAGAAUGCACUAAACCAACAAUGUAACUCAAUAGUAAUGUCAUAUUGAAUUCAGUGAGAAGACUGAAAAAUUGAGAAACUGUACUCACUAAGAUGAGUGACAAAAAGAUGUGAGGUGGGAGUUACCUGUCUGGAAAAGGAGAGAUCUUUGAAGGAGGGGGAUAGGUAUAUUUGAUAUGUGUGUGUGUGUUUCAUUACAGAAACAAUACACCAGCUAUCUCCCUAUUUAGUAUACUAUGCAAAAGGUACUUGUACUAAAGCUUGUAAAUUUAUAUAACACAUGACAGCAACUGGCUACGGAUCAGCUCUCCUCUAUAUUCCUACUUCACCAGACACACACACUGUGCAGGAUAUUCCAUUGGCCUCCAUAUAAAUUGCAUAAGGUGAUUUCUUAUUGCAUACAAAGAAAUGUAAUCAUACGUAGGACAUUGGAAUAUAUGCACUUUCAUAUGUUCUGAAAUUGCAUAUUGUGAGACCAUGGUGUACUGUAAUGCAACAAAUCAGUGUUAGUUGUAACUUUAUAAGUGGAUAACUGAACCAUUUGCUCAUCCCCAACUGACACUCCCUUCAUAUUCAUCAUGAGUCCUGUCUAGAAAUUCUAACAUUAAGGAUAUUAUCAUUGUUUUAUAGAUUAUCUAGACUUUGGGUACUUCGUGAUAGUCCUAAAACUGUGGGCUCUUCAAAAGUUGAUGAGAUGGUGUAGCAGUUUUAUGUAAGACCUCAGGAAAUGUGACUCUUUCUUGUUCCAUAGUUGUCUGAGCUGUCUGUAUGGGUACAUCUUGUGCACUUGGCAUCCUCAGGAUAGAUCCAUUCAGUACUAAACAUGAUGGACUAGAAUGGUUUGAGACAGCAGUCAAUUUGGUAAUUAUCUGCACUGGAAUCAUGCAAUUGGAUUAUUGAUUUCAGAUAAGCCAGUCUUCAUAAGUUUUGCCAUGAUUUUGUUUGGGUUAUUGUGGAGUCAGUUGCGGUCAUCGUGUUAUAGUGGGCUAUGGCCCUGUACUUUGGUGCGCAUGUCAUAGGUUCGAAUCCACAGAGAUGUUGGGAGCUAUGUGGCCUUAGUUGCUUAGCUUGCCAUUACAAGUAAUUCUCUUCUGUUGUGGGUAUUCCCACAUUGGAAUUAAAUUCACAGAAUUUAUUUCCGUUUUUCUGUGGUGUCAGUCGUCCUAUCUUCCUUCAGUUGUGGAAGAGGUUUGAUGGCCAUAUAUUCCUCAUAGUUACUAUGCCUACCAUUUGGCAUGAGAAAUAGAUUUAUGGUGAAGUAAAUUUGUAUAUCUAAGCACAUUCUCAGCAAACUCCAAAAAUGAUAAAUGGGGGACUUAUGCACAGCACUUUUAUACAGAAAUAUAUAUUGAAUUACUAUAUCUUGCUUUUAUGAGAUUGAGAAAGGAUUAUAGAAAUAUGGGUAGAAACCAGUGAACCUCAAUAAUUUACAAACAUAGUUAGUACUUAUUGACCGCUGUUGUUAACAAGUUUCAUUAAGAUGUAGGCAUUUCUUCAAUGAAUUUAUCACAAGUGAGAAAAAAUAGAAAAAGUGUAUAUUUUACCAAGUUUCUGAGUCACUUUUACCAGCUGCCAUUUCUGGAUUAGUUUCUUCAGUCCCUAUGUGUAUAUGAUAAUUUUCACACCACCUUGUGGUAUAGGCAGUUGCGGUGCACUCUGGAGUACCAAGCUCCUUGGCAGUAGUAAUAGAAUGUUGUCUUCCAUUUUAGUAUCACCUGACAAGAAAAAUUCAGCUAUCUUAAUUAUGAUAAAGAAUCCUGCUUUAUAAACAUCAGAGUCAUAGACAACUAAGUGUAAGAAACCAUAUGUUGUUGAGUUUUUAGGAAGAGUAUACUUGCUUCAUGACUUGGAGUGACUUACCACAUCAUGCAAAUCUGUUCAUUGCAGUCUUUUUUAAGCAUUUUUGUAUUAGUAAGUGUAGCAUUUAUGCUUCAAUACACAUCAUAUGAUUUUAUUCAUAUUGUGGGUAAAAACAAAGGGUAUAAUAUGGCAACUCUGUGCCUCACACAGUUGUACCCUGACACAACCCUUCACUCUUACUGGAUGGAUUUGAGAUAGAAAUUUAAGAAUUUUGAUUGUCACUUUGCUUACCUUGUCUACACCCACAAUUAAUUGUACUGCACUUGGAGGUCUUUAAGGAAUAUUGUGCAAUUAAAGUUGAUCUGUUGUUAUCAUGUCAUAGUUGUUUGGUACACUUAUUUUUAUAAAGAAUAUAUUAUAUACUAAUUUAUUAGCUUGUCUUUCUUCCUUAUAAUUGUUAGUAAACAGUAUUGCAGCUUAUUUUUUUCAGGAGAAUGUCACACAUGGUGGUGAAAUUUUACCUCAGCUUGAUUUUAUAUACAUACUAUGUUACAGAGUAAUAUUCAUUCAGAAUAUUUUUGUAUACAUCUAGGGAUCAACAAGAACAUUUUCUUUUUGGAGGUCACUGAAUCUUAUUUCUAAAGGCAUGACGUUUUAUGGUUUUCUUUCCUGUGUGUGUGUGUGUGUGUGUGUGUGUGUGUGUGUGUGUGUGUGUGUGUGUGUGUGUGUGUGUGUGUGUGUGUGUGUGUGUGUCCUCAUAUGUAUUACAUGAGCAACAGAGCUAGAGGAGGUACACACCAUGACCCAGGACUCCUAACCUACAAGGGUCAUGCACCUUUACCUUUGCAAUGGAGAAUAUUAGUAGAAAACAUUUCCAUUAGAUCAUCAUGAAAGGCCACCGAAUCAUAUUUCAUUCAAGGCUCCACAUUCCCAGCAGCCUUGAGCACCACACACUGUCUGUGCAUUGUCAGUACAUGCUUACUUAUAAGUAACUUCCUUCUUUCCAGAGAUUACAAUGUACAUAACUCUAUACUAUUUAUGCUUUUGAAAUAUGCUUGAUGAUUGAGGUUUAUUCUUUGAGUGAAAAUUUGUUUUAUAGUUUAAUUUUGUUUAAUUUAAUUUUGUUAUAGUUUUGAAUGAUUCUGUGUAAUCUUUGAAACUCACUUGAAGAUGGAUUGAAUUAAUGAUUUUUCAUUUAUGAAGUAACUACAUUUAACGUGGAAAUGAUGAUUGCAUCAAUUUUUUAUACUUAAGGUGUUCUUGAUUUUAACUUUUCUUAUUAUUACCAGUUCAGAAAAUAUGUUUAUGUGAUACUUCUCUGUAAACGGAAUAUUUUAGAAGAGAACUUUAAUACAUUUGAUGGUAUACUUGUUUAAAUAUAUUCCAAUUUUCUGAAAAUGUUUGUUGUAGCUGUGUGCACUAAUGGGCUUGUGUUAAAUGCUAAUACUGUAAUCUUGGCAUGAAUCCUUAAUAUCUGUGUGUGAUGCAGUACCAACAUCCCAUAGCAUUCCUGGUUGUCCUCAUAGGCAACAAACUGAUGCCCUGCAGAGAUAUAGGGCAUUAGGAUUUUGAUGGUGUGACCAAAAGAGCAGAAUGAUGCUUGAAGUGAGAAUCAGUGCAGAUUUCAGAAUUGUACACUUGAAAAUUGUUUUAAGCAAGUAAGUUAAUGUGUUUAAAGGAAUAUUUACUGGGAAUAUAUAGCUUAUUCACUAAAUAUUUUCAAGUUACUUUGUAAUACGUAAAACUGGAAGUGAUCAUCAUUUUUGCUUAAAACUUUUCCACAUCAGUAAGGUCCCUCCAUAGUGAACUCUUCCUCAUUGAAGUUCUGAAUUACAAGCUUUUUAUUAGUUAAAUUAAAUCUUGAUAACAAAAUUUGGGUUGUUAUUCUAAAUUUGAAAUAUCCAUUGGAUACAAACAUGAAAAAGAGAGAGAGAAAAAAAUAUCUCAGUGUUUUGAAACCUUUUCAAGACUGAGUGAUAAGGGUGGCAGGCUGAAGUGGUCUGAUAGCAGACACAUCUCUUGAUGUGGAAGGUUGAAUGUUGUGCUUUCUUGAUGAUUUUAGGUUUUAAUUCUUAUCCAUGAGUUGGCAAAGUAGUAGAGUGAGAAAGGCAUUGACCUUAUAAUUGAAGAAGGGAAUAGUUUUGAGUUGAGAAUAUAGGAAAACAAGUAGCAAUAGUUUUAUCCCCAAUUUCAGUUUCAGUGUCCUAGAAAGUGAGAAACUAAGAGGGACACACACACACUGAAUGCUCUUAGUAAUAUACAGAAGAUGCUUACAGAUAGUUGCUGAAAGAAACUUCUUAUUUUAUUAGUUUUUAUCGAGAGCUCCAUAACAUUAAGAUGAAGUCCAAAAAGAAAGUGUUGGUAAUAUAUGGAAUGACUAGUGUUUCUAUUUAAGACUUGCCUACACAUGAGGGAUCCGCAAAGAGGGCUGAAGGAAUAUUAUGUGUUGCUCUUGAAAAUUUCGUAUAAAUAACAAAAAAAUGCACUUCCAACAGUGAAACUUGAUUGGUUUUUGGAGGUUUAAGGAGAAGACAUACUACUGAAUUUAAUGGAUGAUCAAAUUUAUGUAAUAUUUAAAUGUCAAAUGUUUCUCAGUUUUAGGAUAUUUUGUGUUAUGAAAUUUUGAUGUUUGUCAAGGUCAUGUGAUUUUAUAUGAAUAAAUUUAACACUAGUUACGAUGGUGACAUACUUACAGGUAGUAUUAUGUACAUGAACUUGCACUAGAAUGUUCCAAUAGUGAAAAAGAGGUGCAUCUUAGGAGAAUUGAUCUGAUGAAGAUUACACUACACAAUGGGCAUGCUGCUUUUAUAUAAUUUGAUUAAUUUAUUGAUGUUACACCAAAAUAUUUAUUAAAGUUUUCUGACACAUUGCAUUUCUUUAUGUAUAGUUUUACUGGAAUUUAGCUGAUCCACAAGUAUUUUGUAAACAUUGCUAAAGUAAAAUAAUUUCAGAAGUACAGUAAAAUCCCUCUUAUCCUGCAUCAACGGGACCGCCGACAUGCCGGAUACUUGAUUAGAAGUGAAAUUAUGUCCACAAUCACCACCCUACACUCACGCAUCUAACCUUAACAAAGAUCAGCUGAUCGCCGUGCCGCGCGUUGCCACCGGCACUGCCACCUCACACUCACCAACACACAGUUGUAGCAUUGGGCCUGUAAUUGUGACUCCUUCUGAUCUUUUCAAGCUGAACCACUCGUAUAACACUUUGUCCAUAAUUUCACCACGAUGAUACUGCAGUGUGUGACGAUUUUCCGCUGUCUUUGGGGUGUCGGUGGCUUUCAUGUAAUCCCGCAACUUUUUUGUUUGGGAUUUAAUGUCGUAAAUAGUUGAUGAGCCCACACCAUAUUCCGCCAUUAGUUGCUGUCUGCUUUCACCUCUCUCUAAUCGUCGACAAAUGUCUACCUUCUGCUUAAGUGUAAGCACAACAUGCUUCCUCUUUUCUACAACUUUAGGCAUGAUGAAGGCGUCAGGCGAUAAACAGUGCACACGCGGGAUUGAGUCACUGAGUAAACACAGUGCAGUGGGCCGCGGGUGGCGUAAAGCAGUGCACUUUGGUGGCGAGGGGACAAAGUAUGCCUCGCGCGGGAAUUUUAAUCGAUUUUAUGAGUACACAUUGAUUUUUUAUUGAUUUUAAGGUUCGGGAAAAAUGUGCCGGAUACUUGAAGCUGCCGGAUACUCGAAUGCUGGAUGAGAGGGAUUUUACUGUAUGUACUUUGAUGUAGUGGUGGCCACGGAGUGCACAGAUAGUCAGUCAAGGUAGCAAGGACUCACUGUCCUGCUUUACUUGUGUGAGGUGCACAGGGUGAACACAGGAAAACACUUGAAUCAGAUUACAAAGAGAAGUGAAAGUGAGUUGAGCAGUUCUGUAUUUUUGUAGUUUUAAUCCCAUAUGUUAAUUUUUCAUAAUCUAAAGCCAUAGAAAUGUGAUGUUAGGAUUUGUGAAUGGCAGUAGCCAUAAGCUUGAUAUUGUUAUUAUUAUUCAUCGAUGAAUUUCAAAAUGAUAUGUUGGACUUAGCUCCGACAAGGUGUGUUAUUAGAAUUAUUUACUUUCUGUAUUGGAAAUAAGAUAUUUAAAGGUAAUUAAAGAUGUCCAAUGCAUCUCAGUCCUGCAAUGGUCAUAAUGUACCUGGAAAAUAUAUUUUUUGUUCCAAUUGAUUAUGCUGACCAUACUAUUGUAGAUAUAGAAAGUAAUCUCCAUUAAAUCAUGGAAGACUAUUCUUAGGAGUAUACAAACAUGUCCACAAGAGGAUAGUUUUCUCUGAAGCAUUUGCAGGCAUCAGUCUCAUGCUGGCCUGUUGUCAGGGAGCUACUGAGAUACCAAGCAUGAUUAUGAUGUCAACAAUUGGCCACAGUAUUAUGGUGUGAAUCACAAAUAGUACUUCAGAGUGCUUUUCCCACUAAUUCUGGGACACCCUCUUUACUUUUUUGCACACUGUAUAUUAGUACACACACACACACACACACACACACACACACACACACACACACACACACACACACACACACACACACACACACACACACACACACACACACACACACACACA